UGUGUUGAAUGCGACCAGUUUGCAGCGCAUAAAAUACCCGGACCUUCGCCAGAUUGCUCAGUAGCCGAUAAGGAAUCAGUCAGGAAAGUUCGAAGUUCCAGAAAGUCUCGUAAGAACGCGUUAAGUAAGGAAAAGCGCGCGCGCUCCUUUGACCCUAAGCUCUAAAUUUACACUGCUCAAAUUGCAGGCAAGCAGUAAACUUCAAAGUGUGUGCAGUAAUACAUAGGAUAACGCAUCCUUUCACACAUACGUUGCCGACUCACCAAGUGGAUACGAACAAACACAUACAAACGCAUAAGGCUUUGCUCUACACUCCCUACUUGUGCGGCGCUAUGUGGGUAGGAUGUGGUGUGGUAAGCCGCAACGGUGCUUUCUAUUGAAUGCGAAGUAUAAGCGUGUGUGUGGCAACACUCCACCCCACCAACAGAUCUCCAAUAUUACUCGUAUUACAACUGUUCGGUGUACAUAACUGCAUACGAAUGCAAAACUGAAUAAUCAUUAGAAAGCAAAAUGUGUAGAAAAUAAAGAGUGAAAAAAGUGAAAAAAAAGAAAACAACAAAGAAACGAAAACAAACCAAAAGGAUAGUGAAAUACAUACGAACAAACAAGGAUUGGCGAAGUUUUUUGGCCUCUACGCGUUCGUGGUGUUCGUCGUGGCCGCAGCGGCAAAGGACAUAAUCAAGCUCCUAUUUCGCUACAACGGACAGCAUGUUACCAAAAAUAUGAACCAAAAUGACUAGCAAUAUUCUAUUCGCUAGAAAAUUUAUAUGCGUAACACGCACACAUUAAUACGCCGACAUAAACCCAUGCAACAUUUAAGGAGGUACAACUACAAAGACAACAACAACAACAUAUAAAUAACCCCAGAGACCGCGCUAUCACAUUACCAGCCACGAAAGAUGCAUCAAGUGCUGAGCUAUGAGACCGCUGUACGUGCCAACAGUUCCCGCGAGUUCCGCGAAUAUGUCACCAAACGCACUUGCGUCAGUCUCGUGCUCACAAUAGCCUUCCUGACGCUCAUACUGGGCUAUUUGCUGGGCAAUUUCGUGUCGGAGCGUAAAUAUCAAAUGCGACUGAACAAGGCGGCCGGCAAAGGAGUCGGACCGCCGCACACGGUGGAAGUGAGCAGCGCCGAUUAUGCAAAUCUCAAAGAAAUCAAUGCUUACCAGAAGAACAAAGACAAGCUUUUGAGCUCGGCACAAUCGCUCAGUGAGUUACUGAAACGCGAUCAAAGCUAUCCGGCGAGUUCCAUCAAUACGGACAUAUUCAACAAGUACAUAUCGUGCACACAGGAUAUACCGCCCAGCACCAGCAUCGACUACAGCCAAUUCAUCGAGCAGUUGGUGGACAAUACGGCGGCGCGGCAACGCGAUUGUUUGCGUGUGAUACAGCUGAUUAUUGAUAAUCACAUGAGCGGUGACACGAACUGAACGAAUGAGGGCGAUGUCACGCUUGCGGAGAGGAAUGUGAUAAAACAGCGCGUGCAAUAUGAUUAAAUAGGCAAAAGCGGUUGGUUUGUGCGGAAGUGGGCGUGGCUAAUUAUGAGUUUAUAUAUACAUAUAUGUAUAAGUAUAUCGACAUCUUUCAUAGUGGGCCAAAAACUUUUUUAUAAUAUCAAUGUAUAUUAUUUUUGUAAGGAUUUUUUCUAAAUAUAUACAUACAUACAUACAUAUACAUAGUAGUUGCAUCACGUAUUGACCGCACACAUAUAUCUCGUAUAUGCAUGUAUAUGUGCCAUAGCACACAGUCCAGCCAAAUAGGCAAGUUGUGUGCUUUUUCAGCGUAAAACCUACGCAGUGAGGCGCGCUUUCCCAGAGGAAGCGGCGGCCGGCGACGACGGUAAAAUACCAUUGGGAAAGAAAGAGGCUUUUAGUGAAAGUAAAUGUUUUUCUAAAUACAUAAUGCAUACAAAUUAACUUGAAGAAUUUAAACUAACACAAGCAAAUAUAAACAUAUACAUACACACUCACCCACUCAUAUAUAUGGCAUUACUGUGGGCAAAAAAUAGUAAGACUUUGUUCAUAAUUUCAAUAUUAUUAAUUUAUUCUUCAAAACCUAUGCCGUUCCCCUCAAAGUAAUGCUCCUUGGACCCUAUACCAAAAUUUGCCAACGCCUUUUUCAAUCCUCGAAAGAGUUGUUUAAGCUAAACUCCAGAUUAGCCUUCAAUGUGCAUAGUAAUUCACGUUUAGUGUCUUCAAUAGACUCAAAACAGUUCCCCCGGAGCGGUCGUUUGAGUUUACUGAAUAAGCAGAAGUUACACGGAACUAAUAAGGAUACAAAUUUGGCGAAAAUGUGACGAAGCAUUAAUGCAGUAUACGAAGAUACAAUAUUAUGGUGCAAAAGCUAAGAGUUGUCGGCCCAUAAUUGUGGUUUCUUUUUACGAAUAGCUCAAAUAGUAUUUCUUGUUGACAGUUUGGCUGGUCGGAAGGAAUUCGGAGUGCCCCACACUUCGAUAGUUGAGGAAAACUUUCAAACAACCUUGAUUGUAGACCUGAAUUGACGUGGCUCACCUUUACCGCGAUAUUCGGCUGAUUGAUCGUCAGUAAUAUUUCAUGACAACCUGGAUUUUGGAACCAACCACGCUUUUACUUUUCUUAGGCCCAAACGAUCAUUUAAAAUGGGUUUCUUCGAUCCUUCCGAUAUUCCACCGAUGCCAGUAAGAACUCUGACUUUCAAUCGAAAUCCUUUUCCAUCAUUUUGAACGUUUCGGCACGAGAAAUUUAAUUCCUCAGUAGAACUUCUUUGUUGAAUGCACUUUAUACACUGCAGAAAGACCCGCGUGUACUAAACACUAAGGAUUAUUUUGAUGUGACAUUUGGCAUAGAUGUCACUGAUAGUCAUACUAACACAGAAAAAGAAUAUUUCGACGAAUGGGUUUUUAGUCGAAAUUUAAAGUAAAAAGUUUUACUAUUUUUUGCCUACAGUACCGCAUACACCUACAUCCAUAAUAAAUAUGCAAAUCUAAAGCAAAGUCAUUUCAACCGAAAAAAAUGGUGUAAAAAUGAAAACACUUUCAAUGCGUUUAUUAUUCUUGAAUGUGCUCAAUGUUUACUUAAGGGAAUACUUACUUAUGUAUGUGUAUGCGCUCUUGUCGCUACACGCAUGUGUAUUGCUGUACAUUAUGGUAAUAAAAUGGAAUUUAUUUAUGGAAAAUUCCAAUUUAAAUAUAUGAAGAUCUGUAAUAUCACACACACACACACAGAUAGAAAAGCUUAUGCAUAUUAGGGUGUGUAAUUUUUCCAUUACAGCUAUGUAUAUGCUAUAGUUAUCCGAUAUCGGCGGUUCCAAUAAAUGAGCAGCUUGAGAAAAUAAGACGUAGGCAAAAUUUGAGAUAUAUGUACAUACAAGUAUACCAAAACCUCAUCACUUCUUGUAUAUAUGGACAGGCGUACAGACGGAUGGACAUAACUAAAAAGAUUGAGCUCAUCAUGCUGAUAAUUUUGUUAUAUAUAUGUUUUGGGAGCUCUAACGUUUCCUUCUGGGUGUUACAAACUUUGUGGCACACUUAAUAAACCCUGUUCAGGGUAUAAAAACUCCGUGUCAUAUAAAUAGAAAAUGGAAAGUAGGAAAAGGCACCCUUUAAUAUUAGUAUCAAAAACUCAUGAGUAUAUCCUUUUUACCUUUUUGAAAUUGUUUUUCGGUUUUUUU